AUGGCUUCAAAGUGGGAGGUGCCUCGUCGAGUCAACGGUUCACGGUCGCCUUGCAGAAUAUCGAUACAUCGAGUGACACGAAAGAGGCUCUGGUUUUUCAGCGUCAAAUUCAAAUUUCACGAACAGGACAUGAUGAGUGAAAUAUCGAAAGCUUUUGUCAAAAAGUAUAAUGGCGUUUGGACGUGUUUAGCAGGUCCUAAUAUUGUUUACGGGACGUAUCCGAGACCGAAAAACUUCAUUCAAUUCGACAUUAAAGAGGACUUUGGAUGCUUUUGCCGAAUAAUAAUCUUUCAAAAUGGUCAAGAAGUUCCGAAAUUG